AUGGAGGGAGAGUCCAUGCCCGAUGCUCCAAUCCCUCAAACCCUGCGACUCCAGACCACCGUCUCCGAAUUCCCCGUGUCUUCCCUGUCACCCUCGUUCAAACUAGAUGAAGGUUACUCUGACGAGACCAGAAGCCAGGCAGAUAAGGAGCUAGGAUCGGACAAUGUCAUGACGCUUCCAAAUUGGGUGCUUGCCCAGAGCGAAGCUGGCAGAGCUGAGCUCGCAUACAGUAUUCUCCGAUCCCUCCGAACCUCGAGCAUUGCCGCAGUGGUUGAGCGACUGAACCCUAUUCUUCACAUGGAUCCGGUGAUCAAGCUUCCACCUGAGAUUACAUGGGAGAUAUUUUCCUACCUCGAACCUCGAAUGCUCCUGAAUGCUUCGCUCGCAUCUCGCUCAUGGCGUGACCGGAUUCUAGACUCGGGCCUGUGGAAGUUUCUUUAUAUAUCUGAAGGCUGGCGAAUGGAUGUGCCUGCGAUUCGUGCGUAUGAGCAGGAACAUUUCGAGGCCAUCUCACCCCAGACGCGCAAGUCCCGCCUACGACACUCUGAACCGGACCUCGAAGAGCCCAAGCACAAAAAGCGUGUACCCCCGACCUGGCUUGAUUCACGAACCGCCGAAGACCAAGGACCCACUGUAUUUGGGCCCGCGCCUGAAGCCGACGACGAAGGUGAUCACCUUAUGACCGAUGAUGAUGAUCGCGCUACAGAGUCGCUUGCCAUUAAUCCAAAAUUGCCAUUGCCAAAUCCUCUUCCUCAAGUCUUUCCACCACUCUACCCACCUCUACGAUCAUCUCUUCUCCUACGAUCUCCCAACGGCAGUGCCAAAGUCAACUUUACCCACCUUUACAAGCAGCGCAGACGGCUAGAAGCAAACUGGCACCAUGGCCGAUACACCAAUUUCCAGCUACCGGACCCAUCCUACCCAGACGAGGCUCACCGAGAGUGUGUCUAUGCGAUUCAAUUUGAAGGGAGGUGGCUGGUGAGCGGGAGUCGAGACAGGACUGUGCGAGUCUGGAAUCUAGACACAAAGCGAUUGUGGCACCCACCACUAGUGGGACAUGUGAAGUCGGUUCUCUGCCUUCAGUUUGACCCUCGUCCCGAGGAAGAUAUCAUCAUCUCUGGAAGCAGUGACAGGACCGUCAUCAUAUGGAAAUUUUCCACCGGAGAGAUGCUCCACCAAAUCACCAGAGCGCACGCUGACUCCGUGCUCAACCUCAAAUUUGAUCACCGGUACCUUGUAACCUGCUCCAAAGACCGAACUGUCAAGGUGUGGAACCGCCGGGAUCUCCUACCAAACAGCAAGCAUUAUCCAAACAUCUGCCGCGGAGCUGGAGCCACAUAUCCUUCCUAUAUCAUUGAUAUCAAGGAUGUUGCACCCAACAUGAUCGAAGCUGGCAUUGCCAAUGACCAAAUUAAGGCCCUAAAGCCUUAUACGCUGCUUAUGACUAUAGAAGGACAUGGUGCCGCCGUGAAUGCGAUGCAAAUACACGGUGAUGAUAUUGUGACUGCGUCUGGGGAUCGCAUGAUCAAAGUCUGGAAUAUCCGUACUGGUGCUUGCAGUAAGACAUUGAUGGGCCACGAGAAGGGCAUUGCCUGCGUCGAAUUCGACAGCCGCAGAAUCAUCAGUGGCAGCAAUGAUAACACCGUUCGCAUUUAUGACCACAUCUCCGGCGCCGAGGUCGCAUGCCUGCGAGGCCACAGCAACCUUGUUCGCACCCUUCAAGCCGGGUUCGGCGAUCCUCCAGGUGCCGAGGAGACUCUCCGUCAAGAAACACAGGCAGUGGAAAAUGACUUUUACGCUGCCCAAGAGGCAGGACAAGCUGUGGACCUGGGUCACCAGGAGCAAAGACGCAAUGGCUAUGAAACAAACACUGCUGGGUCGCGUGAUCCUCGCGACAUCUCUGCACUGGGAGCCAAGAUCCCUCCUGGUGGUGGAGGCAGCAACUGGGCCCGCAUUGUGUCAGGGUCUUAUGACGAGUCAAUCCUGAUAUGGCACAAGGACCGCGAAGGCAGAUGGACACCGGCCCACCAGUUGAAGCAACACGAUGCAGUCGCCAAUGCCGCUCGCGCGAACCUCAGUCAAGUGGCGCGGACCACCGUCGCCGCCCAAGCUCAGCAAUUGCAAGCAGCACAAGUUUUGAUGACACUCCCUGGAACCCAGGUUGGUGGCCAAACCGCCAAUGCCAAUGCCGCCGCGCAAGCUGGACUUGCCAAUCAAAACAACCAGGUCCCAGCAGUGCCUGUUGCGGUCCCCAACGCUCAACCACCAAACCCUGCCCAUCACCACCACCACCACAUCCAUCCACGCAGACCGCCUCUGAUGCCCCAGACCACUGCAAGGGUCUUCAAACUCCAGUUUGACUCAAGGAAGAUCAUCUGUGCCAGUGUAGACCCGCGCAUUGUGGGAUGGGACUUUGCCAACGAUGAUGAAGAAAUCAUCGAGGCAUGCCCGUUCUUCCAGAGACUGUGA